AUGGGACAGAGACACAACAGACGCCGCACACGCCCAAGAUCUCGAAAUCGCAACACCACUACACUUCCAGCUCUCCCUUCCACUUUCGACUGCCCUGAAAGCCACCUCGUCUCAUCCCGGCAUUAUCGGUGGUCAACAUGGCAGGAACGUGAGCUCUUGCGGAGACCGGAGUCUACCAUGUUGGAGACAGAACAGUAUCGUCUUUUCGGAGGUGAGCCUGGUGAUGAUGUGGCCCUCUGUUAUCGCAUGCUUGAGUACUUUGGCGGACUCGAUUAUAUAGAUCCAAGCUCUGCACAGUGGCGACGUCAGAAGCCGGCCGCGGCCUUGCUUGCUGCGUGGGUCGAGUUCGUGUCCGAUUCGUUUUAUGUGACUUGA